CGGUGAGCCAGUCAACAGAUUCAUCGUUCUUCUCCCGAUUCACCCAUCGUCUGACCAAUUCUUCACCUCAAGCUCUCAGGAUGAGGAACUUCGCCAUGUCCACGUGGACCAUUCUGUGUUUGUUGAUGCCGCUGUGCUCAGGACGUCCCACCGCCACCGAUAGACUGAUCAGAGACACCCGCCUCCUGGCCCGGACUGUCAUCAGCCGCAUUCAGGAGGCCAACAAUCAGUUCAAACCAGCACCAAGCCUCGUUUUAAGUGGAUUAGACCUGAUUCCGGAGCCGCUCAAAGGGAAUAACGUGGAGAACCUGGGUACUGUGGAUGAGGCACUAGGCUGCUUCAUUGAGAGUCUGGACACACUCCAGAUGGAUAACACUCUGCAGAUCCAAACUGAUGUGAAGAACCUCAAAGUCCUGGUUAGAUCUUUGGCUACUUCAUAUGGCUGCUCCAUCUCUAGAUGUGAGAAGGCACAUCGCCUGAAGAAGUUUCUCCAGAAGAAUUCUGCUUUUGUUUUCACCAUAAGACAUGUGAUUCUGGACAGGCUCCAAAAAUACCUCAAUAGGCUUCUCAGGACUUUGGACAACCCCAAGAGCUGCAGGGCUUCUUAAUCUAUGAAUAGGUCCAAUGGUUGCAUAAUAGAGGAUUUGAGAAAUGCAUCAGCAACAGUGUGCAUUAAAGAGACAUGGCGCUUUCUUAGCUGCAUGUAAAUUAAUACCACAAUAUUUAGCUGGCAAUGGGAGUGUUAUAAUCGGAUCAGAGUCCCUGGGUCAGGGUGGAAGAAAUCAGCCAGGUCCUGAUUGCUAGCUUGUGAUUCAUGCUGAAAAAUAUAUCCAUGUGAAGUUUAGGGUAAGGACACGAUUGUGUCCCUCCUACACAUCACCUAGACUUGUAGAGUAAAUGAAGAAUUCAGGGCCUAGUAGGAAAUGAAUCAUGGAUUACAGUUUUAAGAUCUAGAGAGGACAAUGUUGGAAGGGGACCAAUUACCUGUACAUCUACUCUCUGGAGAUGGUUUUGUUGACAUAUGAGAUCAUCACUUGAGAACCAAUAGAGAAGACUGUGUGACAGGUUGGCAACAGAGACAGGUCAUAUCUAAGGACUUUCAGAGCCAUUGGAUCUCAGAGAUAUGUUAAUCUCCUUAAGCAUAUCUGAAAAUAUUUCUUACUUGAUCAAAGUAGUCACCAAGCUAAAACAUGAAGUUGCAGAACAGUGCAACAUCCUGAAUAUAUCAAUUAGCAUUCACGGAACUCACUUGAAAGUGCAUCAACUCAUAUCAAAGUGUGCACCCUCUCAUUGUUUAGAGAUGAUUUCACAGUGGAUAUGUUGCUAGUAUUCAGGUAGUUGUAUAAUAGAAUAACAGCUAAAAUAUAGAAACAGAUGCAUGUGUGUGUGUGUUUGAGAGAGAGAGAGAGAGAGAGUUGGGUAUCUUUCUGUCUCCCUCUCCUCAUACUAACCAUUGUCACAUCCACAUGGCUUAUAACAAAAUGCAAAUGUUGAUUUAUAGGCUUUUGAGCUGUAAGGGUAUUAAAGGAUAUGGAAAGAUGACUUCUAAAUGGAGUGGAGGUGCAAAGCAGCUAUGAUCGAAGUGAAAGGAGGAACAGGCUCAAGGGGCACAAUGACCUCUUCCUGUUCUUAUAUUUCCAUUCUAUAGAUCAAGAGAACAGGAUGAUAAUCUGCUCUUGUGCUCUGCCAAUUUGUCUUGUGAAAUUGCCAGUUGCAAAAUUAGCAGAAACAGAGAAUAGUUUGUUCAAUCCAUUGGUCACCACCUUCCAUUGCCGGAAAUCAAAUGUGGAAAUAUGUUUGAAUUGCAUAUACUCAGUUGAUUCUGAUUUGCCUACUUAGCCCUUGAUUAUAAACUUAAACUCAUCCAAAACUCUGCUGCCUGAAUCCAAGCUUACACCAAGACCUGUUCAUCUAUCACCCCUAUGAUUGCUGGCCCAGAUUGACUCCCAAUCUGGCAAUGCCUCAACUUUAAAGUUUUCAGUCCAGUAUUCAAAUCCCUCCAUAAUUUCACCCUUCCUUAUCUUUGUGAUCAUCUCCAGUGUUCCAACUAUCUCAAAUCUCUGCAGUUUUCCAGUUAUGGUCAUUCACACAUUUUUUUCAUCACUCCACCAUUAGAGGAUAAGCCUUCCUUUUCCAUAAGCCUUCAGCUCUGGAAUUCUUUCUCUAAACCUCUUUACUUUUUACUUCUCUCCUCCCUUAAUUCAGCCUUAAGAUCCACUCUUUACUAAGAUUCUGGACACCUGCCCUAACAUUUCCUUAGGUGUCUCGAUGUCAAAUUUUGUUACUUUGGGAUAUUUUUACUAUGUUAAUGACAUGAUACAGUCAAGACUUUUUUUAUUGUUGAUCUAUGUAGAACUUUUACACCCUCAGGACAUCUGAAAAUGCUUCACUGCCAAUGAAGUAUUUUCAAAUGUCAUCACUGAUGCAACGUACUAUUUAGAAAUAUACCAGAGAUUUCCUGUUAAAUUGAAAUUAUGCAGCUAUAGAAAGUGCAUUGAUGUCUCUUUAAUGUUUGAAAUACCAGGUUUGGUAACUUAUUUAUUUAUUUAUAGCAGGUAGACUUCAUGGUAGAAACAAUUUCACAGCAAUACCCCCGUUUCUUUGUCAGAAAACCCUUUGGAAUUAUGCAGCCAGAGGAAAUGCAUUGAUGGUUCUUGGUAUUUCACGCACCAGUUUUGGUAACUUAUUUAUUUAUUUACAGCAGGUAGACUUUACAAGAUAGACAAGUUUUAGAAGCAAUACCAUUUCUUUGUCAGGAAAUCCUUUUUCAAGGCAAAAACUAAAUAGUGUUCCUACUUUUUACAUCCACUGUUAGUCUCAAACAUCAACUGAUCAGGUCUAGAAUGGCCUAAACUGCCCUACUAAACAUUUCUGAGUUCUAUUUUUGCAAGGUUUGAUGUAAAACAAAGCUUCCUUUGCAGUCACGCAACCAAGUGCCUUAGUUCCAUUCUUCAUUAGCGUUGUUCAUCACCAAGGAUUGGAGACAAACAGCAACUCACUGCUGUGUCUAACAUAGCAACACUGUCUCACAGUCUUAGCAGUGCUGUACAUUUGAAGGCUUAUUGGUGUGUGGAAUUCUCCAAUACAGAUCAAGGUUGACUCCUAAUGUUGUUCUGAUAAAGUCCACAUUUAUUUGCAAGAUUGGGAAUCUAAUACCAAAAAUGAUUAUGUUGCUCUGACACCUGUGAUUUCCCUUUUAUUUUAUUGCUUGCUCCCUGUUCACAUUGUGCAUUUGCUAAAUGUGUACUGUGGACCUUUAGAUGCAUACAUAUUACCUAAUUGAAUUGAAACAGGAUUUAAAAGACCAAGUGAACUGUGCUGCUUCUAUAUUGGGAAAAAUGUAACUUAUUUAUAAUAAUGUAGAUUUUA